AAUUCUACGAGCUGCAAGUUUUCCUUUCGACGCAUACAUAUAAGGAUAUGAUCUAAUCGUUGGAAAAAUGCGAUGUACGUUGAAGUUACGCACUACACUCGACGUUCGCAAGCAGGAACCGUGGCGGGUGCGUCUUGCACAACCUACUUCAAUAUUAACUGGCGUGCUCGGGUAUCCUGCACAGUGAUCAACACUAACAGCACAACACCAGUCGACAUGUGCCACAAAAUCAUUUUCGUCCUGGCUGCCACGGUCGCCAUGAGCCUGGCUAACCCUUUGCCAGAGCCAGAGCCGUUUGGUCACGGAAAAGUCACACAUUUCAGGAUCCACGUACCUUACGAAGUGCAUACUCUGCACCAUCACCACACCCACGUUCAGAAAGUGCCUAUCAUAAAAGAAGUGCCUGUAAUCAAGGAGCUGCCUAUCAUCAGAGAAGUUCCGGUCGUGAAGACACUGCCUAUUGUUCAUCCUGUUCCUGUGCCCAUUGUGAACACAGUCCAUGUUGAGAAACCUGUGUUCCUGCCCAUCCAUGAGCAUUUAAGUUAUUCGCAUUGGCAUUAACGUGGUUUGUAGGUGUGUAUUCAGAAACGAGCUGCGUCAUAGGUAUUGUCGUUACGCACGAACGACACGUGUUCGGGAAAAUUCAUUUUCCAAUCCAAAA